UGUACAUGUACACGUGUAAAACCUCCACCAAGUCAGAAGUGUACCUGUUUAAAUCACCACUUUCCAGGGAUCUCCUGGCAACCGCUCCUCAAUCUCCCAACAUGCCAACAUGGCAACGGCACGAUUAGACGACAGCGCUCACAGGAGUGAAUACUCGGUGAGGAGGUCCGGCCGCCCGUUCACAAAGGACUACAGAGUCUACUUUGAGCGGGCAAAGGACAAGGUCCCCGUGUCUCCCUUCCACGACAUCCCGCUCUACCAUGACAAGGAGAAGGGCGUUUUGAACAUGGUGGUUGAGAUUCCGCGGUGGAGCAACGCGAAGUUUGAGAUCAUCAGAAACGAGAGUCUCAACCCUAUCCACCAAGAUAUCUUGGACGACAACCCGCGCUUCGUCAAGAACUGUUUCCCGUACAAGGGAUACAUCUGGAACUACGGCGCCCUCCCUCAGACCUGGGAAGACCCAACCACGAAAAACCCAGACACGCACCGCAGGGGGGACAACGACCCGCUCGACGCAUGCGAGAUCGGCCGCGCCGUCGCCCGGACGGGAGACGUGAAGCAGGUGAGAGCACUCGGCAUCCUGGGCCUGCUCGACGGCGGCGAGACCGACUGGAAGGUGCUGGUCAUCGACGUGCGCGACCCCCUGGCCGACAAGCUGCGGGAUAUCGCGGAUGUCGAGAAGUACCUGCCGGGACUGCUGGACGCGACGAGGGACUGGUUUCGGAUCUAUAAGAUCCCUGACGGCGAGCCGGGGAACGAAUAUGCUUUUGGGGGGGAGUGGAAGGGGGCUAGGUACACGGAGAAGAUUAUUAAAGAGUGUGCCGAGGCUUGGAAGAAGUUGGUCCAGGGCGAGGCCAAACGGGGAGAUAUUUCUCUAGACAACACUACACUGUCCGACACACCGGGCAAGCUGAAUCCGGACAAGGUCAAGUUGCCCUCUGACGAGGACUUGGCUCCGGCGCCGAUCAAGGACGAUCUUGAGGAGUGGGUUUACAUCGACCGCGAAUCCAUCGAUGAUAGGGGAAAGGUCUUUGAUGGGUGUGCCCUCAGCAUUUCGUUGAAUGUCACUUGAUGGUGGUUGGACAUAGAAGCAGCACGUCUGAGGCAUAGAACGGUAUUGGAACACUAUGAAGGCCCUUUUGGUCUUUAUGCUCACGGUUCC